AUGAUGGAGAAUCAAAAUAUAGCCUCGGAUGAAAUUUAUAGUGAACGGAAUUUAGGCAGAGGGUUCCGGGAACUAGAGCUACAGUCUCCCGAAGCCAGGAAUGGAGCGAGUGGCAUUCCGGCCCGUAGAGCUACCACAAUGACCCAUCAGGAUCCCACAACAACAGAGAGCCCCACCCCUGAAAGCUCUACUAGUUUGCAAACCAGUCAAGGAGUUGCUGCUGGUAGAAAAACAACUAGAAAGAGAAAGAAAAUAAAUUGGAGCAAAGAAAUGAAUUGUAACGUAGUAAAAGCAUUUCUAUUCGUUAACGAAUGUAGAGAUGACCCACUUCCGGGGUGGAGACAAAAAUUACACAUGGAAUUUAAACAACGGCAUUCAGAACUUGAGCUCACGGAACAAAACCUAGCAGAUCGACUGAGAUUGAUAUAUAGGAAGCAAAUGGUAGCACUAGCUGAAAUAGAUGAAAUCAGACGUAGCGUUGGAAGAGAAAUCCACAACUCAGAGGAAGGUGAAAGCUCAGUUGUGUUAGCUGUACAUGAAAGUGACACACCACAUGAAACUUGCCAGACAAAUGAUACACCACAUGAAUCUUGCCAGACUGAAGCAGAAGAAAAUAGAGCAGCAGCUGCAUGCAAAUUGAAAGAAAAUUACCAGCUAUUUGAAGAUAUCAACCCCUUAUGUAGACUAUACCUUCCAAAACUAAACAUCAAGAAAGAAACCUUUAAAAUCAUAGAAGUAGUGAAUGAUGCUCUAGAAAAAUUGUGGCUAGUGUUGACGACCUUGAAGCAACCUGCUUGGAAGAAUAGACUACUAUCCCAAAUAGACAAAUUAAGAGCAAAGGCGGACGUGAUACAUGAAUACAUCAACGGAAAUACAAGCAGAAAAGUAAGGCAUAAGAUAGAGGAUAUUCUUAAAACGAUCAAGCUCGAGAAAUCUGACCCAGAAUUCAACCGAAAACUUACAUGCUUUAGAGAUGAGCUUAGACAAAAAUUUAAAGUGAAAGGGGCUAGACUAAAACGAUACAAUAAAACAACUAAACGAAAGGAACAGAAUCGAGAAUUUCAAAAAAACCAGAAGAAAUUCUAUCAAACACUGGAAAACCAUAACAAAGAAGAAGUAACUGUGGAAAAUGCUAAUAAAGAGGAGUUUCUUAAAUACUGGAGCAGUAUGUGGUCAAAGCCUGCAGAAUAUAAUAAAAAAGCUGCCUGGGUGCAAUGGGAACAAGAUAAAGCCAAAAACAUCAUAGAAAUGACUAGUGUACCUAUCACAGAAGAGGACAUCAAAUAUGCCAUAAAAAAGCUCAAGAAUUGGAAAGCGGCAGGCCCGGACAAUAUACAUAACUUUUGGAUGAAACACUUUAAAUGUCUACCUCUCGUGAUUGUCCGAUGUUUUGAACAAGCUCUUCAGAACCCCCAGGAAUUCCCGAAAUAUCUUGCUACAUUGCUACAUACCUAUUUACUAUAUAAGGGAGGAAACCAAAAUGACCCUCAAAACUUCAGGCCAAUUACGUCCCAAAACAUAGUAGCUCCUGAACAGAAAGGUUGCAUACGCCGAUCACUUGGCUGUAAAGAGCAGCUCACCGUGGAUACUGUUGUUACGAGACAGGCUGUAGUAAAGAAAAGGAACCUUAGUACAGGGACAUCAUUUUAA